CUCUCAGCCGCUGUGCAAGUCGGAGGCGAGGACUGACUUCCCGGCGGCUACCGGCCCUGCGGGUUGGACGGCGGCGACCUCCGGGGUGUGGCCGGCCCGCGCCCCUCCUCCAGGCCCGGGUGGUCUCUCCCGGUCUCCUCGCAGCGCAGCCGCAGCCCCGCUCCGCCAGCUCCUAGGACCAUGGCCAACACGGAGCGCACCUUCAUCGCCAUCAAGCCGGACGGCGUGCAGCGCGGCCUGGUGGGCGAGAUCAUCAAGCGCUUCGAGCAGAAGGGCUUCCGCCUCGUGGCCAUGAAGUUCCUUCAGGCCUCUGAGGAACUCCUGAAACAGCAUUACAUUGACCUGAAAGACCGUCCAUUCUUCCCUGGGCUUGUUAAGUACAUGAACUCUGGGCCAGUGGUGGCUAUGGUCUGGGAGGGGCUGAAUGUAGUGAAGACAGGGAGAGUGAUGCUUGGGGAAACCAAUCCAGCCGAUUCUAAGCCAGGCACCAUUCGAGGGGACUUCUGCAUUCAGGUUGGCAGGAACAUCAUUCAUGGCAGUGAUUCAGUAAAAAGUGCUGAGAAAGAAAUCAGCCUAUGGUUUAAGCCUGAAGAAUUGCUUAACUACAAGUCCUGUGCUUUUGAUUGGAUUUAUGAAUAAGAGGUGGACAAAGUCCACUUUGACACCACUUGAUGAUUUAUGGACACCGCUGUUGAGGUGGAAGCAAUGGGAUUGAUCUUCCUUUGUUUAUCAGUAAAGCCUUUGGAAACUGG